CAAUCAUUCAACCAAAGCAUGCCAUUUUAGUAUUGUUUUAAUAGUACCUGCUAAACAUUGCAUCUCUUAUUCGUACAUUUCUGAAACUAGUUUGAUAGAGAUACAGAGAUAACAUGGAAAAUAGUGAUGUACCUGUAAUCACUUUGAGCUCAGGCAAGGCGAUGCCGGUUUUAGGUCUGGGAACAGCUGAAACUUUUACUAAAGGAUCUGAAAGAGAGAAGCUGGCAAUUUUGAAGGCGAUAGAGGUGGGUUACAGACACUUUGAUACAGCUUUCAUAUACCAAACUGAAGAGUCUGUUGGUGAAGCUAUAGCUGAAGCACUUCAACUUGGUUUCAUCGGAUCUCGAGAUGAACUCUUUAUCACUUCCAAGCUCUGGUGUUCUGACGCUCACCCUGAUCGUGUCCUCGCGGCUCUUCAGAACUCUCUAAGGAACCUUAAAUUGCAGUAUCUGGAUCUAUAUCUGAUACACUAUCCAAUAAGCUUGAAGCCUGGGACUACUGUGAAAGAUUUGGGGAAUAAGGACAACUUACUUCCAAUGGACUACAAGUCUGUAUGGGCAGCUAUGGAAGAGUGUCAGAAGCUUGGCCUCACUAAGUCGAUAGGUGUCAGCAACUUCUCCUACAAAAAGAUUCAAGAGUUAAUGAGCUUCGCCAACAUCCCUCCUGCAGUAAAUCAAGUAGAGAUGAACCCCACAUGGCAGCAAAAGAAUCUGAGGGAAUAUUGUAAGGCCAAGAAUAUCUUGGUCACCGCGUACUCUCCUCUGGGAGCCAAAGGAACCAGUUGGGGAUCCAACGCAGUUAUGGGAUCUGAGGUGCUGAACCAGAUUGCCCAGGCCAGAGGAAAAUCUGUUGCUCAGAUUAGUCUAAGAUGGGUAUACGAGCAAGGUGUGAGUCUUGUGGUGAAAAGUUUCAAUGAAGAGAGGAUAAAGGAGAACCUGGAAAUAUUUGAUUGGGAGCUGACCCCGGAAGAGUUGAAGAAGAUAGGUGAGCUCCCACAGUGCAGAAUGGCAAUUGCUAAGUUUUUUGUAUCAGAUGAUGGGCCCUUCAAGUCUUUAGAAGAGUUUUGGGAUGACAAAGCCUGAAAAGUGAUCAUUUAUUUGUAGUGAUAAGAGUAGCUUCCCUGGCAAUGUGCCCAACCUGUUUUUACAGAUCUUUGUCUGCAGUAGCAGCUAUACUAUUUGCCAAUAAAAUGAACUUUUUAGAUUGUCUCUUCACGCAGUAAAUCAAGCUUGAUUAUGCCCCUA